AUGUCGGGAACGCUGAACGUGAUUGCCGGAGCGUUCGUGGCCGGUAGCACUAACAUGCGCGAGCUCAUCUUCUUUCGCUUCGCUCUUGGUGCCAGUACCAUCAUAAUUCUGGGCGCAAUCCCUCUCUAUAUGAACGAGCUAGCGCCUAGCCGUAUGCGAGGUGAUCUGGUCGAGUUGCAUGCUGUGUUCCUCCAUACUUGGCUUCGUCAUAGCCUCUUUUGGAUGUCCUUCUGGACCAGUGGUGGUCUGAAGGCGUGGUAG